CUGGUGGGCGACGCGAGCGUGGGGAAGACGUGCGUGGUGCAGCGCUUCAAGACAGGCGUCUUCUCCGAGCGCCAGGGCAGCACCAUCGGCGUGGACUUCACCAUGAAGACGCUGGAGAUCCAGGGCCAGCGGGUCAAGUGGGGACACGAACAGUGGAUGAUUUCAUGAUGAAAAAAAGUGGAUCACAGGAUAAACUUCAGUUUGCCAGCUAUGAAUUGUAUCUGCCAUGUUUGCAUUACAGAUGAAAUACAUGGGAAAAAUCAACCUUAAUAUUGAAAUCACAAGGGUCAACUUUAGGAUAUUUUCAUCACCCAGACAGGAGCCUGGUAGCUAUCAGCAGUCAUGCCUGUUCCACUCUCCCCCAGCCCAUCUCUGUGGAGCUGCCCCUUCUGGACACACGUGUACAUGGAACCACACACUGUCGCGGGGUCCUUGGGUCAUGUUUUUGAGCUGCAGAUCUGGGACACGGCUGGCCAGGAGCGCUUCCGCACCAUCACCCAGAGCUACUACCGCAGCGCCAACGGGGCCAUCCUGGCAUACGACAUCACCAAGAGGAGCUCCUUCCUGUCGGUGCCUCACUGGAUCGAGGACGUGAGGAAGUACGCGGGCUCCAACAUCGUGCAGCUGCUCAUCGGGAACAAGUCGGACCUCAGGGAGCUGAGGGAGGUGCCGCUGGCCGAGGCGCAGAGCCUGGCAGAGCACCACGACAUCCUGUGCGCCAUCGAGACGUCGGCCAAGGACUCGAGCAACGUGGAGGAGGCCUUCGUGAGGGUGGCCACGGAGCUGGUCAUGCGGCACGGGGGCCCUCUGCUCAGCGAGAAGGGCACUGACCACAUCCAGCUGGACAGCAAGGACGUCGGAGAGAGCUGGGGCUGCGGGUGCUGACCGGGGUGCAGGGCAGGCAGGCGGGGCUGCCCCACCUCCUCCCGCCCUGUGGCCUCCUCGCCCAGCCCUCCAGAGCUGGCCUCCAGGGUGCCAGCCAGAUAAAGGCCUGGAAUUAC